UCUGCACUUCCAUAGAAAAAAAAAGUUGAGUUGCUUAGAAUAGCGAACCAUGAAAUGUGUUAGUCUUGUACCUUGUAUAAGAAACGAAUAUGCGUUAUAAUGAUACUUUUAUUCUUAGUUUAUAUAUCUAGUUCCUAAUCACAUGCACUGUACGGUAAGCUGGUAGCAUUACUUUCAAUGAGCUAGUAUAACGUUAGCAAAAUAGCUAGACAACAGUAACAACAGCUCAGUUGACCAAUAAGAGAAAUGUUUUCGAGUGAACAGACUCAAGAUGACUGUGAGCCCGUAUAUAUUCGCGAAAAGGGCAUACUUCGUUGCGUAAAUGAAGCGAAACGUGAGGAGCAAGUUCCAUCGUACGAAAGAGCAAAGCCUCCCCGACUGUUCGGCAGAGCAUUUUCUGUGGAGCUGUGCAUUGAGAAUCGUGCUCAAGCCAGCACCCACACAAAGAGAAAAGAACACUUUGUCUUCACUUACAAUGAAAACGGAAGUCUUCGUUAUUCUGCCAAAUCUCUUUUUGACAUGUCCUUGUUAUUUAUAGCUAACAACGUUCAGUACGUAGAUUCACUAAUUGGUUUCCCUGAACAAAUGGCAGAACGACUCUUUAGAGCCGCGGAGGCAAAACAAACAUUUUCAGACCCGGUGCAUGGAUCCAGGGCUUUGCAAGUAUUUAGUGAAGCCUACGGGGACCUUGUGCUCAAGUCACUGUGUUUAAGGAACAGGCAUCUGAUUGUAUCAGAAAAGCUGGAGGAGGUGAAAGUAUUCCAUAGCCUACAGUGUCUAGACCUUUUUGGUUGUAAACUUGGAGACAACCAUGAGAUUCUUCAACAUCUAACUUCUGAGGCUUUGUCCAGUCUUGUACAGUUGUACCUGGGGGAUAACCACCUCUCCAACAGAGGCCUUCAAAAGCUGACUGCACCAGUCCGCGUGAUGAAGAGAGGGCUUGGUAGUCUUCAGCUGUUAGAUUUGUCCUGGAAUGCCGUCAGUGAGCAGACUAUUGGAUAUCUGUCAUGCUUUCCAAAUCUGCGUGGGCUGGAUAUCUCAGAAACCAAUAUGGAGCUCACCGCUUCAUUGCAUCAGAUCCUACGGAAUAAGCUGGGCUUUGUCUAUUCUGAGGCUCCACUCCAGGGCUUCUGUCACUCGCACUGUAAAACAGAGGGCUGGGCUGAACAGAUUGUCAACCAGUGGGAAAUUCACAUGUUGGAAUUAUCCAAGCCAAAGAAAGAUGUCCAACCAAGAACAGAAGCACUUCGGUUUUAUGGUAGACACAGGUUUAUCCAAGAAACACUGAAAGCACCCCCACAGGUGUUUGACAAAAGUUACAGCAAGAGGAUUCAGUUUCACAAGCCAGCUCCAAAUAACCAAACACAAUCAACAGGAAACAAAAGCAUACCAACAAAGGCACGGUCACAGAGCAAAAGGAAGAGAACACUGGACUCCCUUUUGGAGGGCAGCAGUGAUUCCAGCCCGCCUGAAAAGCGUGUUUCUUCACCUUCGCUUACUGUGGAGGACUGGGACCUGCUGAACAGCUACUGACUACAGUACCCAGAUUGCACUGCAGCUUGAGCUGCCACCAGUCAUUCACCUUGAAUUAGUGUCAACUUGAGUAUUUCACUGUGAUAGUGAUGCACUGUAACCUGCUGUGAUCAAAGACCCUAUAUGUUUAUUUUCUUUUUUAAAUGCUGAUGCCAAAUUUGCCAUUUAAUAUUGCUGAAGUAUGUUUGAAUAAAUAAAAUAUGUUAAUGAAAAAA